AUGUCCACUCCACCACAUCCCGAACAACUCGUCACAAAGCUCCUCUCCACAAUCGAAUCUCACAUCAUUCCCCUCACAAAACAAGGCGUCUCAACCGGCUCCAAGCUCUUCGGUGCCGCCAUCCUCUCCCGCACCGACCUAACCCCCUACACCCUCGCCACAAACAACGAGCGCCUCUCCCCCCUCCUCCACGGCGAAAUAAACUGCAUCCAGAAAUUCUUUACCGUCGACUAUCCCAACCCUUCUACACGGCCGCAUCCCGCAAAAGACUGCAUCUUCCUCGCCACCCAUGAGCCCUGUUCGCUGUGUCUGAGCGGCAUCACAUGGGCUGGUUUCAACGAGUUCUACUACCUGUUUACCUACGAGGAUAGCCGCGAUCUGUUUGGUAUCCCGUAUGAUAUUGAUAUCCUGCAAGAGGUGUUUAGGGUCAAGGGUGAGGGCGAGAGCGAAAAUGGUGUGCAGAAAAGACAGUUGUAUAACAGGAAGAAUAAGUUUUUCACGGCGAAGAGCUUCAAGGAUCUUGUGGGUAAAAUUGGGGAUGAGGGGGUGAGGACGGGGUUGGAAGGGGAGAUUAAGAGGGUUAAGGCGUUGUAUAAUGGGCUGAGUGAGACGUAUCAGGAGGGGAAGAAGGCGGGGGCGGAGAGCUCGAGUGUGUGGAAGUAG